GGCCCGAGGGCGGGAGUGAUGGCGGAGAGUAGUCCUGUGAAUGAGGAUGCUGCGCCGUCUCUCUCCCAGUCGCCUGGCCUUGGGCCCGGCCCUCGGCGGUGGGAGCGGCUGAGGCUGGCUGCAGGGCCCUGGGCGCGGUCAUUUGGCUUCCUGGCGGUGCUGGGUCUCCUUUAUUUGUUGCGGGGCCCGCUCCGGUUGCGGGACAACUUAGUGGCAGUAACUGUUUUCUUGAGCACGCUGACUCCAAAAUUCUAUGUUGCACUUACGGGGACUUCAUCUUUGAUAUCAGGUCUGAUAUUUAUAUUUGAAUGGUGGUACUUCAGAAAAUAUGGUAUGUCUUUUAUUGAACAGGUUUCUGUGAGUCAUUUGCGACCACUCAUUGGAGGGGCAGACAAUGCUAGUUCUGCACAGGCAAAUUUUUCUGCUGCCAGUGGAGACAAUGAAAUGAACAGACAAAAUCUCUCAGAGUGCAAAGUAUGGAGAAAUCCACUCAAUCUCUUCAGAGGAGCAGAAUAUAACAGAUAUACAUGGGUGACAGGAAAGGAGCCACUAACAUAUUAUGAUAUGAACUUAUCUGCUCAGGAUCAUCAGAGUUUUUUUACCUGUGAAACAGACUCUCUUAGGCCUUCAGAUGCAGUUAUGCAGAAGGCAUGGCGGGAAAGGAAUCCUCAGGCCCGAAUCAAAGCAGCAUAUCAAGCUUUAGAAUUAAAUAAUGACUGUGCCACAGCAUACAUUCUUCUGGCUGAGGAAGAAGCAACUACUAUUUUAGAAGCUGAAAAAUACUUUAAACAAGCUCUGAGGGCCGGAGAAACAGUUUAUAAAAAGUCUCAGCAUAGCAGUUCACAAAAUCCACACCAUGAGGCACAGCUUAGAAGAGACACCAAUGUAUUGGUUUAUGUGAAAAGAAGACUAGCUAUGUGUGCAAGAAAGCUUGGAAGAAUUAAAGAAGCAGCAAAAAUGAUGAGGGAUUUAAUGAAAGAAUUCCCUGUCUUAAGUGUAUUGAAUAUCCAUGAAAACCUGCUAGAAACACUUCUGGAACUACAGGCUUAUGCAGAUGUCCAGGCAGUUUUAGCAAAGUAUGAUGAUAUCAGCCUUCCAAAAUCAGCAGCAAUAUGUUACACAGCAGCACUCUUAAAAGCAAGAGCAGUUUCAGAUAGGUUUUCUCCAGAAACAGCUUCUAGAAGGGGACUUAGCACAGCCGAAAUUAAUGCUGUAGAAGCAAUACAUAGAGCAGUAGAAUUUAAUCCUCAUGUUCCAAAGUACUUGCUAGAAAUGAAAAGCUUAAUUUUGCCUCCUGAGCACAUUCUGAAGCGUGGGGACAGUGAAGCAGUAGCCUACGCAUUCUUCCAUCUUCAGCACUGGAAGCGAAUAGAAGGGGCCCUUAACUUGCUGCACUGCACAUGGGAAGGCACAUUUAGAAUGAUUCCAUAUCCAUUAGAAAAGGGUCAUCUAUUUUAUCCCUAUCCCAGUUGCACAGAGACAGCAGAUAGAGAGUUAUUACCAACAUUUCAUGAUGUGUCUGUAUAUCCCCAGAAAGAUCUUCCUUUUUUCAUCCAUUUUACAGCAGGGCUAUGUUCUUUCACAGCAAUGUUAGCCCUUCUCACACACCAGUUUCCAGAACUCAUGGUCAUUUUUGCUAAAGCUUUUUUUGGAACUCUUUUGUCACCUUUGAGCUUCUUGAUGGAGAAGAUUGAACGCCUCAUGCCUUCUGGUCUCUGGCAUCAGCUGACCCAAAUCUGAACACAUCUCAGUUCACAUGAACUUUAACAUCAGCCCCUCUUGACUACAAAAGCAUUGGCAACUAAGAGUGUGAAGGAAGACUUACUUAGCUUUGUUUUA